UGGAAGAAGAGAGGGGAAAUCUAAUGAAAGGGGGGAUUGUUGUGUGUUUGUGUCUCUGUGUGUAGUGGGAUGGUGACAGCUCGUGUACAGCUGGGAGGAGGCGGUAGUGCUGGCAGCUGUUCCUGCGUCUUGGGGGUUUCAUUUCAGCUUUUUCUGUUUCUGAGUGGUUGGCCUGCAUUUUGUGUGAGUGUGCAGGGAGUUUCUGGUGUGAUGGAACAAAAAGUUAGUUUCCCUUUUCUGCAUCAGGCAGCACCAGAUAGGAAGAGCAGCGUGAAAGCGAAGAGUGUGGACCAACAAGAGGAGCAACAAGAGAGGAAGAAAACCUAAAAGAAGAAAAAAGAUGGCUGCUGUUGUUGCUGGCUUGGCUCGGUUGCUUCAGCCUGCCAUGGCACUCCCUGGAGGUGGAUCUGGUGGCCAAGGCUUAGCCCCUUGGUACCUCCUUCUGGGUCUUCGUCUGGUAGCCCUUUUUAUUGCUGAUGGACCUUGGUCCUCUGCCCAGCCUGACCUGGCCUGCAACUGGACCCUGGCAGAUGUCAACACCCAGCCAUUCUGCAGUGCCCUCUGCUUCAACCAGCGCUUCUCUUCACCAGUGUCCUCCAUGUGGGGGUUUGCCUUUCUGGCUGCCCUGCUCCCGGUGGGACUCAUGAAGCUCAUAAGGGCUGAGAAGAAGCACGAGAAGAAGAUCGCAAGGGCAGCGAAUGAGGAGCUGACCGAUGGUAUUGGCCUGAGACAAAAUAUGGCUGCUGGAAUCAAAACUGCGGCAGGAUCUGCUCCAACACCUGCCAUGACUGCCUUCAAGACUGACCCAAUUCCCUUGGAGACCAAGACUCCUUGUACCUGGCAUUCAGUGGCCUUCGUCUUCUGUGUCAUUCUCCUCUUGGCGAUGGAGGUGUGCUUCCUCUGGGUUGUGAUACUUCUGCAGGUCCCAUCGGUGUCUGAAGCCACCUUCUUGUGUCUUCCAGGAGCGCAGACAUGUCCCAAGGCGCUUGAAUGUGUCGUGGCAGGGCAAGCUGACAAGCAGGUGGCAUUGUGGGCCUUGGCUUUCACAGCAAUGGUUGACAUAGCUGCUUGCCUUGCCUACCUUCUCCUCAGAGCAGUGAGACUUUCCCCGUGCCAUAGGAAAUAACCAAACAGAGGAAACUGUUUAGAAAAGGCAGAACGUGAAAGACACCAGUGUGGGUGGUGACACACAAAAACAAUGGAAGUAGUAGAUUAUCCAGAGAUAUCUGUUUUUUGGAUUCAGUUUAAUGAAAAGUUCUCAAAGCUCUGGACUCAUUUUUCUUAUCCGGUCCAAUAUAUUCAAAUCCACAGUUUUUGUAGUCAACAUUCUUCCUUUUUGCUUCAUGACUAUCUGUCCUUGGUUUUGUUUUAAAUGACUGGUUGACUUUUUGUGAAUGCUAAGAGCUACUUAAGGGAGUCUGCCCCAAAAGUCAGACAUCUAUAUAAAUAAAAAUGUAAUGUUC